GUGUUCUAACAUACAUUGGUAACAUCUGGUGUGUUAAAGAGCUUUUAAACUGUUAUUUUAUUUGUCACAUUUAACUUCUAACAUCUGAACUAACCUGAAGUUAGCUGCUCCACAGCUUCAUCUAACAGCAUCACAGUGAAGAACAGACGGACAAUACUGUCGUGUCUGAACAUGAAGCUAACAUCUGUGGAGCUUUUACUCUCGUGUCUUCUGACUUUGUUUGGAAUAAUACUUGGACACGAAAACGGUGUUGUUGAAGUGAAUGCAGCAGAAGGAAGUGACGCCAUUUUACCGUGUUCACUCAGCACCAAGGAGAGAAUCACAUCAAAGGUGUUUGACUGGAAGAAAGAUCAUCAGAAAGAGGUGUUCUUCUAUGAAGCAGGCAAACAUUACAAUGACGGACGUUCAGGUCAAGAUGAGCAGUUCGAAGGACGAGUCUCACAUUUUCCAGAAGAACUGAAGUCCGGCAACGCCUCCAUCAUUAUCCGAAAUACAAGGAUGGAGGACAGUGGAGUCUACACCUGUUUUUUUCCACAUCUUCAGCCAAGUCAACUAUUCCAAAUCAAGCUUGUUGUUGGUGAACGUAAGUCUACUUUUAAAGACAUAUCAGGAAAAAUCAGAGGUGCAGCUACAAAGCCAUACGUCAAGACACUUAAUCAAACACAGUACUGGGCGCUGCUGCAGUGUGAAGUUCGAGGUGCUUUUCCAAAACCUAAAUUACACUGGCAGGACAGUGAUGGAAACAUCCUUCAUGCUGAAGAACCAAAGGAGACAGAAAGAGGAGGCCGCUACGACGUCAUCCUCAACAUUACUGUGACCAAGACCGACAACUAUCGCUGUGUUGCUACGCAGGAGAAAAUCAACCAUCAGGUUGAUGCUGAGACAUACGUGUAUAUCCAUGAGAAACUGGUGGGGGACAAGUCCAGCCACGGAGCCGGUAUGUUCGUAGGUGGAUUGUGUGCUGGAGCUCUAACUGUUGCUGCAGUUCUGGGUCUGUUUGAAGUUGCAAAGCGCAUAAAACAUUGCAAGAAAGCUGCAGCUACAAAGUCAUCUGUCAUGAUAGUUGAUGAAACAAAGGAAUUGAAGCUGAUGUCCUUUGAAGUUCCAAAUGUUACUCCUCAAUCACUCUGGCAGGACAGUAAUGGACACGUCCUUCCUGAUGAAGAUCACAGGUUCUCAGAGAAAUCGGUCCUAUAGCAGUUCUUCAAAGGAGCCACUAAAUCUAACUGUUUGAUGACUUUACAUCUGGUGUAAAGUUUCCUCUGUCUGUGAGUGCACAGGUCUGUCUCAACACUAUGUAAAUAUACAUUCUACAGACUUUUAGGAGACCUUUAUGAAACAUAUAAUGGUCAGUUGUUGUUCUUUCAGCAUCAUGCAGCUGAACAACCUUCAGCCUCCUAAAUGACUGAAUCAUCACUGAGCACUUUAUUAAAAACAUCUGAACAAUCUGAUCUAAUCUAAUACAACAGCUCUGUAAUAAAUUCUA